AUGAAACGUGCUGAUAUUCAAGGACUUCGAGCUAUUUCAAUUAUUUCUGUGAUUUUAUAUCAUAUUUGGCCUCUUAGUUUUCCUAAUGGAUUUUUAGGUGUUGAUGUAUUUUUUGUUAUUUCUGGAUAUUUAAUUGCUAAAUGUCUACAAAAUAUAGGAACAAAUAGUUUGAGUUUCCCUAAAUUAUUUGAGACAAUUUUGGACUUUUAUAAGAGAAGAAUACAGAGAAUUGUGCCUAUUUAUUUAGGUGUUACUUGUGCUACAGCUAGGUAUUUAUAA